CAUACUCCUUAGAUCUCGUGUUUCCCCUCAACAGCUCGACGAUGAGCAUGCAGCACAUAACGAAGAGCGCAAUACGAGGUGUCAAGAAUGUCGCCAAAGGGUACUCCGACACGCAGACGAAGGUCCGAGACGCGACGAGCAACGACCCAUGGGGGCCGUCAGGGAUGCAAAUGAACGAGAUCGCACAGCUCAGUUACAAUCAGGGCGACUUCCUCGAUAUCGUCGAGAUCCUCUACAAGCGCCUGAACGACAAGGGCAAGAACUGGCGGCACGUCUUCAAGUCCCUCACCGUGCUCGACUACCUCCUGCGCCAGGGCUCGCAGAACGUCGUCAUGUACUUCCGGGACAACAUCUACAUCAUCAAGACGCUGCGCGAGUUCCAGUACGUGGACGAGGAGGGCAAGGACCAGGGCGCGAACGUGCGGCAGAAGGCGAAGGAGAUCACGAACCUGCUCACGGACGAGGGCAGCCUGCGCGUGGCGCGCCAGGCGCGCGCGGACAUGCGCGAUCGCAUGCUCGCGAACUCGCACAAGAACGAGAACAGGGGACGUCGGGAUCUGAAUAAGGAGGACGACGAGCUGCGCCGGGCGAUCGAGGAGAGCAAGCGGAGCUUCGCCACGGAGAAGGAGGAGCGGGAACUCCAGGAGGCUCUCAGACUGAGCAAGGAGGAAGAGGAAGCUCGCGCGAAGGCCGUCAGCGAGAGCAACGCACGGUCGUUGUUCGAUGAUACCGAGGAUGCGUCGACUUCCAACAACAACAAUGACUUGAUAACGAUGGCCGAUCCAACGCCCUACAUGGCCGGUCUGCAGCCCCAGUUCACCGCGGCACCGCCACAAUUUCUUCAGCCGCAGUACACUGCUAUGCCCCUCCAGCCGCAAUAUACCUCGUUCAACCCCUUCCAGCAGCAAAUGGACAUGCAGCAGCAGAUGCUCCUCCAGCAACAGCAGCAACAACAGCAGGAGGAGUGGUUGCGCCAGCAGCUCCUUCAGCAGCAGCAACAACAGCAGCAGGAGGAAUGGCUACGGCAGCAGCAGAUGCUUCAGCAGCAGCAAAUGCAGUCGCCUCAAUUCCUCACGGCACAGCCGACGGGCUUGGGGACGAAUAACCCCUUCGCGCGGACGUCGCCUUCACCGUCGGGGUCUUCUUCCCCUCUCCCUUCGCUGCAUACCAGCAAUGGGCCGUCGUUCAAUCUUACCGGCACGUACGACAACCACAGCAACCCACCAUCCUUCGGAAGCAGCGCAAGCUCCCUCUCGCCUGUAUCUCCCGCCUCGACUCGGUCAACGUCACCGCAGCAGCCGCAGUCACAGGGUCUCAAGGUCAAGACGAAGGACACCGAGAACGAGCGGCUGGCUUUCCUCCUCGCAAAUCGCGACGAUGGGCAAGACACGUUCGGCAACACGGGUUUGCUGAGAUACGCCCAGGGCGCGGGCUUGCAGAUCAUCGCCAAGCAGCACAGCUCGCACAACCCAUUCGCCAAGCCUCAGCAGCAGGGGCAGCCCCAGCAGCAACAGUCGUCUGACCAGCCGUUCUUCAGCAUCUAAUGGUGUCGAACGGCUCUUGGUACCACCUUUCCUCGUCAGUGGUCUUGCCUCGUCAGUAGUUUAUUUAUGUAUUUACGCCAUCCGACCGGUAUACUUCCCUCCUUGACUGCUUCCUCCUGUUCGUUGCUCCCUCUUGUUGGCUGAUCCAUCGAUUACUGCAUGCCCUCCUUAUGUACGUAUACAACUUCCUUGCGCUACCGCCUUGCCCCCUUUCAUCCGAUCUUACCUUCCGUUCCGAGCCCCCUCCUGUACACACCGUCGGUGAUUACCCCUACCUAAUUCUCGGGUUUUGGAUGCUCAGAUGGAUCCUGUCUUGCUUGACAUGCUUACUUUACUGUUUUAUAUAUCCUAACUGCAAUAAAUUACGAAUUGGCCGAGA